CCCUUACAAAAAUCUCCGCCAUUUGCUCUCAAAAUGUCGGACAUUUUGUUGUUUCCGGUUUGGUAAAAGUGUGGUAUUUUAGAAGAACAGGAUUUCAAUGAAGUUUUCUGAUAUAACAAUGGAACUAUCUCCAGUCCAGCUGGCGCAGAGAUAUGAUCGACUCCGGAAUGAAGAUGUGUACAAGGACGUUACGCUCACGUCCCAUAGUAAUGCUGUUUCUGCUCAUAAGUGUGUGUUGUCAAUCGGAAGCCAGUUCUUUAAACUCUUGUUUCAACAAGCACAGAGAAAGAAGGACAUGUUUCACAGGUCAUCGUUCGAGUUGGUUGGAUUGACAGCGGAGGAUGCCAGACAUCUUGAAGCUGUGAUUGACUUCCUGUAUAGUGGUGUCAUAUACAUGAAUGAUGUCAACUUUACGGCAAUUAUGAAACUUGCCGAUUAUCUUGCCAUUGAAGAGCUAUUAGACCUCGGAGAAAAAUACCUAGAACAGGGUAUAGCAAAAGAAAAUUGUCUGAAGGUGUACUUGGAUAUGAAAAAGACUUUAAAUGGAGAGGCUUCAAAGGGAACCAGUAGUACUGGGAAGAUGGAUGAAUUAUUGAAGGUGGUUUGGGCAGCUGUAGAGACAAACUUUUAUGAGCACAUCAUUGAUCAUCAUGAAUUUCUUGAGGUGAUGCCAGAAGAAAUAGAGGAGCUGUUGAUAAAGGACUUUUUGCUACAGAAAGUUCUGAACUUGGCUGUCAGAUGGAUGAAAACAUGGCCUCUUGGAUUCACAUUUGCAGAGAGUUUAGUGAAUAUAUCCUACAAUAAACUGAGCACAGCACUGGAGAACGAACUAACAGACAAGUGUAUAGGUGAUAUUGUUAGGUCUGUAAAAGUAAUCAAAGAACAGGUUGCAUCAAGAACAGUGCCAAAGAGUAACAGAGAAAAUAUGCUGAAAAAACUAAAGGAAAUUCAGAAAGCCUUUGAUGAAAAUUAUGUCGAAAGUGACAUAGACGAGGAAGCUGAAAUAGGUAAGGAUAGUGGUGAAACUAAUGCAGAUGUCAUGGAAACAGAUGUUGAAACAGAAAGUAAAGACGCUGUGGGAGAUAAUGAAUAUAAGAAUGAGAAACUAAAAAAUGAAAAUCAGAGUAAAGAUAUUAAUAAUCAAGGUGUUACUUUGCCUGAAAGUGAUGAAGCAAAGUCUGAAAUUCAAAGUAAUGAAAAUAGAGGUAAUGUUAAUGAAAAAACUAAAGGUUUAGAUGAGAAUUUAGCAAAGGCUGAGAAUGAAUGUAAAAUAAAUGACCAGCAUUGUGAAAAACAACACAAAAAUGUUAAAGGAAAAACUAAGGGAAAUAUAAUUGACAUAGAGCAGGAAGGAACUAAUGUUUGUUCGCAAGAGUGUAAUGAAAAGUCAAAAAAAGACAUGAAUGGAACUGAUAUACAUGUAGGUAAAGAUAAAAAUGAAGAAGAUAAUGUAGAACCAAAUGAUAACAGAGAAGGGUGUUUAGGUGAUGAAAAGAACAGUAGUGAAAAAAGUGGUUUGGAUAAAGCAAAAAAUGAAAAUUUGGCAGCUGAGUCUAAAGGUGUACCAGAAAGUGCUGAAAAUUUGGAACAGAGACCUGAAGACAAAGUUAUUGAUAUACCUGAGAGUAUAAGGUUAAUUGAUAGGAAGAAAAUUGAUGGAACAGAGGAAGAAAUACCAGACAGUGUGGAUGAUGAAGAUGUGAAGUCUCCAAAGAUGGAUACAAUGUAUGAGGAUCAAGUCACUGAUUCAAACAGCCAUGACGAGACGGAAAGUGGUGCAGUUACAUUACAUGACAGGGUGGCUGAAUGUCUGAAGCUGCAGCGAGUAGUCAAGAAAGAGGAUGAAGAUGGUGGUUCACAUAUGACAAAGAUUAAACCAACCAAGGGUAAAAGAGGAAGAGGUAGACCUAAGAAAUACAUUGGUGCUGUUCAGGAAGAGGAGUCAAAAAUGAAAGUUGCAACUGUAAGUAGAAAUAGUAAAAGAGGGCUGAAAAGGAAAGCGACGGAUUCGGAGGUAGGAAUAUCUGGAUCAGAAGUAGACGAAACUGUUGUUAAAGUUGAAGUAGAUGGUGAUGAUGAGGAUGAGGAUACCGAUACUAAAGUAAUUGAAACAAAAGAGGAAAUGGCUGAUGGUACAGAACCUGACUGGGAUAAAGAUACAAAAAGUGAAGGAGAAGAUGAUAGCAAUGAUGAAUAUACUGAAGAUGUUUUUGCAGAAGCUCUAAAGAAAGUGUCUGGAAUUGACAUGAUGAAUUCUGGAAGACGUAAAAAAGCAAGAAAAAGAGCACCAAGGAAACCAGGUCAUCAUGAGUGUGAGGUAUGCCAGAAGGUGUAUACACAAAAAUAUCGUCUUACACAGCAUAUGAAUAUGCAUUUAGGGAUUAAACCAUACAAAUGUGUAGUGUGUAUGCAAUGUUUUUCGCGUACAGAUCAUGUGGUCAGGCAUAUGAGGAGUCAGCAUAGUGAAUAUGACAUGUACAAAUGUGAUCAAUGUGACGAAGAAUUUGAAAAAGCAAAUGAAAUGGUAACACAUUCAGUAAUACAUAUUCCUCAGAAUGAUGAUGCUGAAAGCAGUAGAGUUGUUACAGUGUUCACAGACGCUGAGAAAGAAUAUAUAAGUAUAUCUUCUCAGGAAUCUGGGAAGCCACAGUACAGCUGCCGCAAAUGUAAUCAAACUUUCAGAAGACCGUACCAAGCUAGGGAGCAUAUUAAUUUUCAUACUGGUGAAAAGCCUUUCAAAUGUAGUAUUUGUGACGCGGCAUAUGCAAAGAGGGAAAAUCUGGCAGCACAUGUUAGAAGUGUGCAUCAGGGGAAAAAGGGAGAACACAAAUGUCCAAAGUGUCGCAGAACAUUUUUGAAAAAAGAAAAUUACGACGCUCAUUUUGAAAAGUGUGAGCCUAAUUAUGCGUGCCAACAGUGUCCAUUAAAAUUUUACAGGAAGACACAUUUGGAUAAUCAUACCCCUGUUCAUGACCUAACGCCACAACACAAAUGCCCUCAUUGUGAAAACGCUUAUCGUUAUCGCAAACAUAUGUUACGUCACGUCCGCAAGGAUCAUCUGAACCAGGGGGAGUCGGACAUACCCUGUAUCUGUGACAUUUGUGGAGUGGUUGUGAAAAAUAAAGAAGCUCUGUAUCGACAUAAGAAAGUUCACAAGACCCCGGACAAGGAAUGUGAUGUGUGUGGGAAGGCAUUUAAGGACAACACAACACUCAAGGACCACAAGGUGAUGCACACAAACAUCCGUGACUAUCAGUGUGAGAUUUGUUCGAUGUUGUUUGCCAGAAAAGGUAACCUAAUACGUCACCAGAAACGUCACCGAGGCGAGCGCAAGUACAGGUGUGAAAUGUGUGGGAUGUGCUUCGUAGCCAACUGCGAUCUUACUAGACACAAAAAUACUCACUUAGGUGUAAAGAAAUUCCCGUGUCGCUACUGUGGCAGAAAGUUUGGACUCAAAAGCAAAGUGGUUGUUCAUGAACGCACUCACACAGGGGAACGACCGUAUGUUUGUAGAGACGAAGGGUGUGGAAAAACAUUUAAGCAGACAGGAGACCGUGUGCGCCAUGAGAAAAAGGUUCACAGUCUGACCUAUAACAAGUACAUGACGCUGUAUGAACUGGCGACAGGGGAAUCUGAAGAUAUUUUCAAAGGCAGUGACGGCAUGACGUUACCUUAUAAGGUAAUGACACUUCCGGUUAAUGCAGGUUUCGAGACAACUGCCGCCAAUUCAAGCACCAGUCAGGAAACAGAGAUAGAUGCUAGUGUGCAGACUGAAGGUCCUGGAGCUGGAAGUUUUGCUACAAAUUCCAAUUUAAAUAACUCGUUUAUUGAAGAGGCGGAAAUGAGUAAAAUAUUUCAGAGAACUGUGGCAGCCAUAAGUCAAGAAGCCAUUGCCAACAGCGGUAUAUAUAACUGAUGGACUAGUAUAAAAAUGGUAAUACCGUUAUUAUGGUAAUAAAUUCUAAUGUUUUGGAAAAUAAUUGUUUUGACUAGUUGAAGUACAUAAUUAUUUAAUUUAAAGUUGAAAAUAGAAAUGAGGGUACACAGUGUCAUAAUAGCAUGGAAGAACUACUUUCAAGAACGCACAUGAAUUUAUAGAAUUAGAACCAUAAGGGAGGUAAUAAAAACAGAUAAAGGGAUUCAGUGAAACUUUCUUUGUUAAUCAAAUAUCUAAAUCUGUGAUAACAGAUGCAGAAAAUAGGAAGGAAGCAAAAAUAAAUAAAUUUGAGGCAGUCAUAAAAUACAGUUAUGGUGACCCUCAAGGCAUGACCAUGAACCAUGAACAUCUAAGUGUAAAUUGUUGCUUGGGUUCUCCAGACCCAGUGGUUAAGUUGGCAGACUUUGUAUCAGUUGCUUCCGACGGAUGUGGGUUUGGACCUUGCAUAGAAUGUAGAGUUCUUUAAUGUGAGGAAGCCAUCUGUCUGGUUUCUGGAAGGUCUGUAGUUUUACCCCAGUGCCGGUUUGAGCCUAAAGUAGUGCUGAAAUGGGACACUAGGGCUCCUUUUAUCAAUAGAGAGUUGCUGUAUGACCAAGGAUUAUGUUUGCUUGACAUUAAACCAUACAAAAACCAUACAGAAAACAUACAAAAAACAAAUUGUUAUAAUCUCUCUGUUGUUAGUGUAUACAAAUGUAGUAGGACCACUUUAUACUUUGGUCAUAAGUGUUCUAGACAUGAAAUUUGUCUGUCUCCAUAAAUUGUCAAGCUUCUUUUCAAAAGAGUUACUGCAAAGAUACGUUUUGGAGCGUUUCAUGUUUGCAGUAUUUUUAAUUGUAAAUUGAACUUGACAGGGCCACACUAAUUUGACAUUUUUCAUUGAAUCAGGUUCAACUUAAAUGGCUUUGGUUUAAUUAAGUGCCAUAAUACGGUUAGCUUUUACUGUUCAAAAUAGACUUUGGUAAAUAUAGUAUGUUGUUUAUAUUGUCUUAUGAUCUGUAAAUUCAUCAGAUGUUUUUAAAAUUGCCUAAAUUCUUUUAUUUUUGACAUAGAAUUCACAAAUAGUUGUGUCAUUUUCAGUAUUUGAUGAUCAUAUUCAACGUUCUUUAUUUUAGAAGUCAUAACAAAUGAACUGCAUUUUAUAUUAGUCCUUUUCUUUUAAAGAAUGUUUAAUUUUUCUUUACUUAGUGGGAUAUUUAAGAGCAUGUCUUAACAACUUAAACAAAAUUUAAAAUGCAUUCAGCUCCAGAUCUGAAGGCAGGGUGCUAGAUGAAAUUUUUUCCAUGUAUUGUUCCAUUCAGCAGCUGUGAAUCUGAACUGCAUACAGUUGUAAUUGUUAUAUCAACAGAGCUCCAGAUAAGCUUUUGGUGCAAUCGGGUAUUUACCCAUCACUUUUUGUCUGAAUUGGGUAUUCGAAAUUUGAAUUGGGUAAAAAUAAUAUCACUACCCAGCCUUUUCAGAAGUAAUUGGAUAUUUGCUAAAACCAAUUGGGUAUUUUACCAAUCUCGCACUAACAAUUGAAUAUUUUUUGCUUACAGUAUAAUAUGGUAUAUAUCAUUAAACAGGACUGACUAAGUACCUAAGUACAUUAAUGGCACCCUUCAAUGUUUAAUACAAAAAUGUAAUUAAAAUUGUAAUGAAUGUUCCAUAUUGUGAAGUGUUUUCUUUUUCACUUUUAAUGCAGUCGGAGAUCAGUUCAUCCACAAUAUCCCGAACGAUGUGGUCACCGCAAUAUGCAUUCUCCCAAAAGAUGUCAUCCAGUAUUGGUGACACUACAUCGUCACAAACAGAUAAACAGAUAACUGUCAUUGUUGAACAGCAAAAUAUCCCACUAAUUUGUUUGUUUGUGCUGCAACAGUGUUUUCUCUACAACCUCUUUUGCAUUUUAUCGGCAAAAUUGUUUACAAAGCAUCCAAAUAACACCGAUCAAGCCAACUGAAUGGUCCUGUGAUUUUUCCAAUAAACCGCAACUUGUUCUGCGGUAACGUAUAACCAGUCAGUCAAAUCUAGCGUUAAAGUUAAGUCUCGUACCCAUUCUAGUAAUAAGGAAAAUGCGAUACGCAAGCGAUAUUUUCCGAAUUGGGUAUUAGGAAUUUUGCUUGCGUUUCAGUACGCACACUGUAUGAAUUCAAUUGGGUUUUCUGCAAUUUUACGCAGCUUAUCUGGAGCUCUGUAUCAGUAUGGUGACUGAUAUUUUCUCUUGAUAGCAAGUUUCUAUUGUUAAGUAUUUUUGUUGUUUAGGUCUGUCUUUAUCGAAGCAUCAAACAUAAGUUAUAAUGUUUAAACUAUUUGUCCUUCUGUUUUUCACACUUCAUUUAGUUCAAAAGAAAUUUGACAUGUGUUAUCAAUACCCAGUGAUCUUCUGCAUAAUGUUGGGUAUUUGGUGUCCCAGUGUUUUGGUUAUGCUGUUUUAAGGACUUGUUGUAAUGCUUUGAUGAAAUAAUGCCAUCUUAGAUGGGGUAACUAAGCUGAACUUGCUGUUUUGUACAUAAAAUGUUGAAAUAGUCAUAAGAACGUUGUAUGAGAGUUGGCUGUACAUUUAGGCAAAAUGUUCUUGCCAGUUUGAAACCAGUAUAUGUUUGCUAAAUAUGGCAAUUAGAUAAAAAAAAAAGGCAAAAGCAUAUAUAAAGAUAUGUUGUUCACUAACUUCAUGAAAAUAUGAAGAGGUAUCACUACACAGUAUAUGUGUAUACAUAUGUACAUGUAUAUACAUUCUGAUUGUAUAUUUUCACUGCUGUAUGCUACAUAUAAGGCUAAUUAAUGUAUAUGUAAGACAUAUGAAUAUAUAAUGCUACUGAAAAUAAGCUAGAGUUAUCUUAUACUUUAAUACAUAUAGUUAAUAAAAACAUAAAAUUUUCAGAUUUGUUAAUAGUACCGUAUAUUUCCUGAUUAACACCCUCCACAAUAUGUAUCAGAAAUUAUCUGUUUUAAAGGUCAAUUUAAGUCAUAAGUGAACACAAGGGAUAUAGAAGUGCUGAUAUUAUAAAGAAUUGUUUCAUUGUUGGAUUUCUAGUCUUUAUUUGCAUAUUCUUUCGAGUAUGAACAAAAAAUUUUGAAAUGAAAGGUUGCUGUGUAACCUUCCUGAGUGCUUUAAGAAGAGAAAAUACGGUACUGUAAAUAGAUUGAUUUUUAUUAGCUUAUCUGAGCCAAAGGCUCAUGGUGGUUUUGUGACCGCUCAGUGUCCGUCGUGAGACUUGUGUCGUGUGUCUGUCAACUUUUUCUGAAAAAAUCUUCUUCUUGAAAACCACUAGGCAGAAGUGCACAAAACUUUACUGGAAUGAUCCUUGGGUGGCCCCCUUUCAAAAUUUUUCAAAGAAUUGAAUUCCCUGCAGAACUGGUUGCGAUGGCAACUGAAAUGAAAAAACUUCAAAAAAUCUUCUUGUUGAAAACUGCAAGGCACAUUAUCUAAUGGUCCUCUAUGAAAAUUGUUCAGAUUGUGCCCCUGAAGUUAAUAGAGGCCCUGCCACUGGGAAUCCCAAGUUUUACAUAGACUUGUAUUGGAAAAAAACUUUGAAAAUCUUCUUGUCUGAAACCACAACACCUAGGCCUUUGAUAAACUUUGAAAAUCUUCUUGUCUGAAACCACAACACCUAAGCCUUUGAUAUCUGGUAUGAAGCAUUUACUUGUGUUCAUCUACCAAGAUUGUUAAAAUUAUGCCCCUGGGGUGAAAAGAGGCCCCGCCCCUUGGGGUCCCAAGUUUUACAUAGACUUAUAUAGGAAAAAUUUAAAAAUCUUCUGUCUGAAAGUUCAAGGUCUAGGCCUUUGAUAUUUGGUAUGUAGCAUUCCCUAGUGGAUCUUUAACGAGAUUGUUCAAAUUAUGACCUGGGGUGAAAAGAGGCCCCACCCUGGGGUUCAUUUGUUAUACGACUUAUAUAGGAAUGAAGACUUCAAAAAUUACCAGAUCAUAUUUCCUAGACUGUUUAAUUAUCACUACCUGAUGACCCUAAGCAAUUAGAAGUCACUUGACUGUGACCUUGACCUACUGACCUACUUUCUUGUUUUUUAAGAUACAGCCAUGAAAUUUGGAUGACAUGUACAGUUUUGCACACCAAUCUUAAAACUGACUUUCAGUGACCAUGAAUGUGAGCUACAGACCUACUUUAUGAUAUUUUAGCGUCAGUUUGCCAUUUGAAACAUGUGGCUCAUAUUACUCAGGUGAGCGAUUCAUUGUCAUCAUGACCCUCUUGUUUCAUAUAUUGUUUAGUAUGAAAUAUUAUUUUUAUCAAUUUGUUAAUGUAUAUGCUAUAGUAGAACAUAGUCAGUGUUGUAACUUGCCGUGAUUUCUUCCUGUACAAAUAUGUCUUGUUGUAUUGAUAAAAUGGAUUUUACCUAAAUAAAAUUGUAACACAU